UGUUGAUUGGUCCGUAGACAGGCCUGCCCUGUAGCAGCUGCCGUCAUCCCAUCAGACGUGCUGGGGAUGCUGGGGAUGCUGACUGCUGCUGAUCCUUCUCUCUCCUCCUGCUGCUGGCCUCUGUGAGGACCAAUCAGAUGAAUGCUGUGGAUCAGGGCUGAGAUGAGAUAAGCGUCCUCUGUCUCCGACCUGCUGCAGCGCCUCGUACGCAGGAAAGACGUGAAGGCUGGAAUACACGGCUUUGACGUAUUCUCCUGUCUUUGAGCGGUGUCUGUGGAAAGGUUCGCCUUCUGUUUGCACAUAAUCGCCACCUCGAUGAUGGUCCCGACGCUGCUCUCCAGAGGUGAUGUGAGCUGAGCCAUCGGUGGAGCCGCAGAGGAGCUGUGCGUGUGUCGAGGUGCUGAUGCGGCUGUGACAGGAGCGAGCAUGGCUGCCGGGAAGUUACUGCUCUACGCCGGGCUCUCUCUGUCUCUCUGCGCCCUGGGAAUGCUGGCCGUGGCGAUGUGCUCCGAUCACUGGUACGAGACUGACGCCAGGAGGUACAGGGACCGGUGCCGAAGCUACUCCACCCGCCGCAAGGACCCGGGCUUCAUCUACAUCCCCAACAACAGCCUACCGCUGCGGGCCAGCCGGAGCAGCCUGCCCCGCUGGGAGGAGAAGCUGCUGCUCGCCCGGAACCGGCGGCAGCUGUUCGCCAUGAGCGCUGCGGACGACUGUCACCGGCAGUAUAACUCUACCAACAUGGGGCUGUGGAGGAAAUGCCAUCGGCUGGGUUUUGACCAGGAAAUCGAAGAUCUCAUCCGGAAAGGUUCCAUUGUACGGUGCUCCUACAUCAAGUAUCACUACUCCUCAGCUACGAUACCCAAAAACCUCUCCAACAACAUCACCAAGACAAUUAGGCAGGACGAAUGGCACUCCCUACACUUGCGGCGGAUGACAGCUGGUUUCAUGGGCAUGGCUGUGGCCAUCAUCCUAUUCGGCUGGACCAUCGGAGUGCUGGGCUGUUGUUGGGAUCGAGGCCUCAUGCAGUAUGUGGCCGGCCUUCUCUUCCUCAUGGGAGGAACAUUCUGCAUCAUCUCCCUCUGUACCUGUGUUGCCGGCAUCAAUUUCGAGCUUUCCCGUUACCCACGGCACCUGUACGGCCUGCCUGAUGACAUCGGCCACGGCUACGGCUGGUCCAUGUUCUGCGCCUGGGGAGGCCUUGGCCUCACCCUCAUUGCUGGCUUCUUCUGCACCCUGGCACCCUCUGUCCAGCCAAUACCCCGCUCCACCUGCCCCAAAUCUCGACAGGAGAAUGGCACCGUCUGCUAAAGCUUGCAACUGUAAGAAGACUAGUGAAUCCACAGAUUGACAACACACAAGCAGAACACCUGUUCCAUGUGUUCAUCAAUCUACUCAUCUCCACUCUAUCCGGGUUACAGAUUUAGUUUUCUCUUUUUUUUUAUUUGUGUGUAUGUGUGUGUUUAAAAUGGGUGUCUAGAUGAUCUGCUAUCUUGAAAAUACAAGAAAAAACUGCAGAACUACUGAAAUAUUAUAAAAAAAUGAAGUUGUGCUUGUUUUAUUAAUAUAAAGCAGAUACAGAAAUGGACAAUUACCCAGAAAGAUUUGGAAGAAGACUAAACUGUGGCGAGUAAGUGGCUGUGGCAGACGAGUGGCUCUGGACCUCUGAUAACAGACAGUGAUGGUUAGUCUGAGAACUACUACUAUUAACUGCUCUACCGUGAUUGUGGAGAAUUAAAUGAAACAGCAGAACUAGAGGGACAAAUCGGAUCAAUUCAAAAUCUUGUGGAUGUUUCUGAUGGACUUCACUUCUUGGAGCCUCCUGUGGGAAAAUUCACAAUGGAAUGGAGCAGACAUUAAACCGCGUGACUUGUCGGAGUGAUGUCAUGUUUGGUGACGAUUUGUUAACUUUCUGUGUUCUGGCUUCUGAGGUCCCUCCACUUACAUGUGACAGGCAGGCGAUGAGGAUCUCCAAGAGCUCCACUGUUGUACAUUAUUGUACAGAAUAUUCCAGAAAAGUGACAACCAGGAACUGUCAUUUUGGACUAUUUUUCUUCUUGUGUACAGUUGUGAACAAAAGUUGACAUACACUUGCAGAGACUAUUUAUAUCAUGGUAGUUGUAAGUUUCAUAUCCGUCUGUGUCACAAAAAAAUCAUGCAUUUCGUUUUUUUCAUAGAUUUAUUAUAGGUCUUUGGAAAUAUGACUAAAUAUGCUGGGUCAAAAAUAUACAUACAGUAACUUGAAUUAUCAGUUGGGGUUGAUGUAGGAAGCUGUGUUACAUAAAUUCCCUUUGUGGCAUCUUCUCUUAACUUCUGAGUGAUUACGACUGACUACAGCUGCUGACUCUGAGCCAAUUUAAAUAGGGCCUAUCUGAUACACUCAGACUAAACCACAAACACUACAGCUGGACAGUGUGAGGGGCUCAGCACAGAUCUGACAAAGCAACCCGUUGACCUGAACAAGUCAGUACUCACUUGGAGCCAUUUCAAAGCAGAGAUGGAUCCUAAAAUCAUAUCUGCAAACAAUUGUUUGUAAGUAUAAAGAGCACAGUUGUGUUGUUUCUACGUUUAGAAAGAAAAUGAAAGCUAUUACCUGCUGCUGAGAGACAAUCGAUCACCAAGCAUCAUCAAAAAGUAGGUCUGCAAUCAAUUAAAACCUGCGUCCACAGUCAGAUCUGGUAUAUAUUGCUCUGGUCUGAAAGGCGACCAUGCAAGAAGGAAGCAGCACCUCAAAGCUCAACUGAAGUUUGCUGCUGACCGCAUGGACAAUUAAAAGGCCUUCUGGAAUAAAGCAACAAAAAAAAUUUAGCUACUUGGCCAAAAUCAUCAGAAAUAUUUUUAGACAAGAGAGGUUAAGAACUUUAGCCCCAAAACACCAUGGGUACCGCCAAGCAUGGUGGUGGCAGCAUGAUGCGUAUGAUGCAUAAAAUGAUGCUCAGGGGCUGUUUUGCUGCAAGUGGAACUGGUGCUUUAUGUGAAGUAAAUGGAAUCACAAGGAAUGAAAAUUGCCUCCACUAAAAUCAUCAGUCAGAAGAUUGGCUCUUGGAUGCAUUUGAAUGUUCCAACAAGACAGUGAUCCCAAAUACACAUCAAACAUGGUUUAAAUUGAGGCUACAAUUAAGGUUUUAGGCUGGCCAAAAUCCUGACCGAAACCCCGUCAAGAACCUGUGGACUGUGCUGAGGUAAGUCUGUGUCAGAAAGCCAACAAAUGUCACUGAAUUGCACUAGUUUCAAAAGGAGUGGUCAAAGACACAACCAGAAACUUGCCAGAAGCUGUAGAUGGCUACCAGAAGUGCUGAGUUGUGGUAAAAAAUUGCCAGGGGACAUUUUACCAAAUAUUAGCACUGCUGUAUGUGUAUUCUUGACCCAGCAGAUUUUGUCAUAUUUGCGGAAGAUGUAUAAUAAAUCUAUGAAAGAACCAGAAUUCAGGAUUGUUUAAAAAUUCAUGAUUGCUAAAAUGGCAUAGUCAUUGAAGGCUCAAGACAGUCAUCACACACAUGGUCUUUACAAGUGUAUGUAAACUUUCAUUUACAACUGUAGGUGCAUUCCAUUCCAUCAGAUAAUCCCAUAUAGCAUUUUAUACAUGCAUUCCUCUUUUAUUCAAAGUGUAUUUUCCUUUUUACUGAACCACUACUGUUGUGAACAAAAUGUUAACUAAGCAAACAUUCAGACCAAACAUGUUUUUUCCAUUCCCGUCAUAGAGGUAAAUAUGUGUAUGAGUGUGUGUGUGUGUGUGUGUGUGUGUGUGUGUGUGUGUGUGGGGGGGGGGUUGUUUUGAAGUCACUAUAGAAAAAAGUAUUUAAAAAAGCAUCAUGGCAAAGUGCAGCCCUGCUUAGAGUAUGUAGAAAGACAAGAUCUUUGAUGAACUGAGAUGGACUGAAGAGAUGCUCUAUUGUCUAACAGACAUCUGCCUUACCAUCUUUUGUGAGAUUCACAGCAUACAUGGCAGAUACUGUAAAUAGAGUGACUUUAACGUUGGCAGUAUAUUCAGCUUUGUGCUCUGCUGCCUUGAGCAACUGUGGAGUAAUUACAUUUUUCCCCAGGAAUCUGUGAAGCUCCACUGUUUCUCUAAGCACACAGCUUUUCCUCAAGAUUUUUCUUUUUUUGUCAACAGCUGAUGGGAAUCCUGUCUGCAGGCCCUCCUCCAUCUGAGAGGAGGGUAAACAAUGCAGUACCUAAGCACAAGAUUAGAAAAGGUCACAUCUUACCAAGUGAAAGAUGUCUAGAUUGAAGAAGGAAAAUGUUAUGUUUCUUCAAGACAGGCCUCAGCUGCCAGCCAUGACUAACAAAUGGGCUAGCAUGGGCUUUAAUAUACCUAUGCAAAUUGAGGAGGAUGGUCAUUUACUUUCUCACUAAGGCCAAACAGAGCAGCUACCUGCAGGCACCUCCAACAAUGCAAUGCCAAACACUGGUACUAAAGGGUAGUGAGACCACAGCCAUGUGAUUGUUGACUGGAACCAUGCAUUAAAACCCUACAGUGGAUCAACUCCAAAAACAAAACCUGGACUGCUCAAGAAUAGUUCUGGUUAAUUACAGCUUGGGUCAUAUCUUUGAAGCUUUGGCCAUUUUCCAACAGUAGUGUUUCAUUGUAGCUGGGUUAAUGGAUUUCUCAGAUAUAUUUUUGUGCAUAUGUGGUUUAAGAAACUCCGAUACGCAACCCGUUGUCCUCUGAAACUGGAUUACUGCCAUCUGCAAAGAUUUAGGUUUAGGUCAGUGAGUCUCAAGCUGUUCUGGAUGUGGGGGCAAGCAGGAUGCUGCAGUGGGAGAUGAGGUAAAUUUGAGCAACUCUUUUCAGACACUCAAAAUCAAAUGCUGUUUAGGCUACUAGUAUAUUUCAUCACAACUACUUGUGAACGGGUUGAACAGCUUCAGUGCCCUUCUAAAGUGGGAAGUGGUGGUCUGUUUCUGUGACUUUCUGAGCGUGACAUUGCAACACCCAACCACGUUGCGACGUGAUUAGUCAACUGUGUGGAUGAAAGGGAGUAAGCAGGGUUUGAAAUUGUUUCUUAAGUUUUUUUCUCCAUGUAAUAAACCAUUUUCUGUCACUUUACACGUCAACAAAUGAGUGUAAAAAUAUGAACGGUUUCAACGAGAGACUGAAAGUCUGAGAAUGCUCAGAUAUGUGCAUCCCCCGUACUUAAAUGGUUUCCAUGUUUGGCUCUCUUAUUGAUGGCUGCCCUUUAAUCCUGACUUUUACUGCAGCCAAUUGGGAAAGUCACAAAACCUUUAUGAUUUCCAAACUGUUUUGGAAGGUGUUCUUUUCUUAUUUUUCUGGCAUAUCAAGCCUGGAUGAUAAGCUAUAUGUAUUCCAGGGAUGACAGAUGAAAAUUAAAAUCUCUAAUGUGCACAGUAAGUAAAUAAAAUACUUUAAAAGUUAAAGAUUGAAAAGUUAAUUUUUAUAAGUCCAUACAGUAGAUCUGUAGUUAUUGUGUGUUCUUGUCAAAUGGCAACUUUAUGGCCUCGUAGCCCACCAGCCUUGGACCUGCAUUGGUUUAGUUAAUAUGCAUCAACUGUUUGAAACCUGAUCACUUGACUGUCUGUGUGUCUUGACUUGUUGGACCGUUGUAUCAGUGUCACUGUGUUCUCAGAUCUCAGAAAUUAACUUGGUUAUUUGAAUAUAAUUCUAAAAAAAAGACCCAAGAUGUAAUAAACCGGAAUUAACCUUUAAUAACAGAAACUGUUUGUUGCUUUCAUGCAACUCUUUCUGGUGCUCUGGGCUGUAGUUGCAUCGUAUACCUUACUUUUCAGUUCUGAUCUACAGUAUAAGGGGGGCUCACUGUAGAAUUGGCUUAACAAAAAUAAUUUCAGAUGCAGAUUAAAGGUAGACAAUUUGUGUUUGUAAAAUUAAAAAGUAUUGUUUUAGAUUGAAAUAAAGUAGUUUUGUCUUCAAAUUGAGUAUACAGUAACAGUGUUGUCUUUGUGGAUCUUCUGAGAAAGAGGGAAGGAGCUCAUAAGAAAGACGUUUCAGGAGACAGCUGCUGUGGGGCUAACAUCUUUGUCAGAGUUUGGAUUUAGAGCUCAGGGGGAGACAGCACAUUCAAAUGGUGUCAGGUUUUGACUCAGAGAUUCAAGCGCAGGACUACGAAGACACAACAAGCGAACGCAAAGGUAGAAAAUCCAGGCGCAAGAGAAAGUACUACAAGACAAUGUACGGAACUACAACAUGAAACAGGAAGUUGCAUAAAUAUGACUAGACUCACUAGAGGGCACUAAGGGUUCAGGGAGACUAAAGUAACCAAACUGAAGUUAACAAAUCUGGAAUUUAUCUGGAAGAAGUAGCCCAAACAAGGUAAAAACUCGGCUAAGAAGGUUAGCGGACAUCAAAGGCUCAAUGUUACAACUGAUGUCAAAACUUCGGCACAAAGGAAUCUCAACAACAGUCCUGAAAAUCAAAAUAAUUAAACUGACUAGCUCCAGCAGGGAGAGAAGUUAGCUGACGACUGCUUUAGGAAGGAAAGACAGGCAGGAGGACGGUGAAUGGAGGUGGUGUGUGAUACGGCAGCGGAUGGUAUCUAGGUGUUGGCUGUGAAUGGCGGAGUGCAGUCUGUGGAAUCCAGGACAGUGCAGACUGAUGAGGGAACAAGGCGGAAGAUCCAGGAAGGUGGAGACGAGUAGGUGGGAGUCCAGAACUGUAAUACAGGAGAUUGGAAUAAGUACACAACAGGACACAAGAGACUCAGAACUAGGAUCAAAUACUGACUGUGCAGUUCAACGGUGCAAUAAAGAGUGGUGGUAGCUCCCGUCCUUCAUGGAAAGAGAGGGUGAUUGUGGAGAUCACUCACACCUGCAGUUCUGCUGGUAAUCACUGGAAGCACCUGAACGUGUCACACACCACAUUCACGCCCACCUGAUGGAGAGGGAAGAGAAGGGGUAAGGGAGGAGGGCCUGCCACGACCUGGCGUCUGAGGUCGAGGAUCAGUGAAUGUCGCUUAUCCAACUGCACCAAGCUAAACCUUUACAACUAGAUUCAAAGGUAAUGACAUAUAAAUGAUUGUUUAAUAACUGAUAAUUUUUUAAGCACCUCUCGAAUUAAAAUAAAGCUUAUUUGACCUUGUUACCAUA